CGGUUAUAGUGCGCAUGCGCAGCAGUGGCGCCUUAAAGAGAAAGCCCGCAGCGGAGAGCGCGUGAAGGUGAGACUCAGAGACGCUAUGGGUAGUUAGUUUCACCCUGAAAAGUCUGUGCUUGUGUACCAAGGUCAGAGGUCAUGGGGGAGGACUUCGGGGCUUUCGUGGACUGGUCGCUGAUGGGUGACGUGUCCCGUGACGCUGCUCCGGGGAAAACUGAAUACGCAGAUGCUAAGGAGUGUAAGCGCCACGCCCGCUUGGGUCAGUGGGCGAAGAGCCACUCGCAGCGGGCGCAGGUGUACCGCCGUCUCAUCCACGCGCUCCCGUGCCGCUCCGUCACGCCCGAUGCCAGCGUCUACCGCUCUAACCAGCCCAAACGCGCCAGCACUACGGACACCAAGCUAAAGAACGGCGACGUCUGGACCGUGGCUCUGCCGGAGUUUGCGUCCGGAGCAUCGGUUCCACGCUACUGUCUGAAGCAUGAGUCCGCGGGUUCGGUGGCCUCCGUGCUGGAGCGUCUGGCGUCCGAAUUCCCAGACGUCUCCUACUGCCCGUUGCUACCCGCCGUCACCGCGCUGCUGCUCCACUGGAGUUCGGACGAGGCUCUGUGUUUCGAAGCUGCGGCGCGGUUGCUAGCGACGACGCAGCAGCGCAUGCUACACCAAACCUUCCUGGCUCACCGCGCAUCCUGCAUGACCUUCGGCGACCUCGCACGCAAGCACUGCCCCGCCGCUCACGAGCACGUGGUGUCCCUGGCGCGCGAAUCGAAGGAGGACGUGGCGGAGGUGUACGGGGACUGGCAGCACUGGGUGUUCGGGGACCUGCCCUUCUCUCACGCCGCCCGCGUCAUGGACGUCUUCCUGGUGGAGGGCUUUAAGGUGCUGUACCGUGUCGCCCUCGCCCUGCUCAAGCUCUACAGGAAGCAGAGGGCAGACCGCAGGAAGGGCUCGGGCGGGGUCGGGGCGGACCUGCGGGAGUUCGUGAGGGGCGUGGCGAGCGGCGUGAGUCCCGACAAGCUGAUGGAGAAAGCCUUCGCCAUACGGCUCUUCAGCAGGAAGGAGAUCAGCCUCCUGCAGCUGGCCAAUGAGAGAGCGCUCCAGCAGAAAGGCAUCACGCUGCAGCAGAAGAGGUGUAAUGUGGACCUGACGGUGAAUGUGGACAGUUUCAGCUCUGACAUCAUCAGUGUGAAGGAGAUCAGGGAGGUUUGGUCCUGGAUCCCGGAGCGAUUCGCCCUGUGUCAACCUCACAACCUGUUCAGUACCUCUACACACGGCUGUAGUCUUACCCGGUUUUAUUCGCACUGUGAAGGACACGAGCCCACACUGCUGCUGAUCAAGACCACUGAUGGGGAGGUGUGUGGGGCGUUCCUAUCCACAGACUGGGAGGAGAGGAAACGAGGAGGAAACACACUGAGCUUCUUCGGGACGGGCGAGUGUUUUGUCUUUAAGAUGAAGCCUGAGAUGGAGCGUUAUGAGUGGGUCAUCAUUAAACAUCCGGAGCUCGCCAACGCUGCGUCUGCAGCUGAUCCGCGUCCUGACUCAGACGACAACAUACACUCACUUCCUGUGGAAGCUCCGCCUAACUCCAGCACAGACUCCACCCACCCCUCGCCCUUUCUUGCCGCCAGACACUUCAACCUGAACGCUCGGAACACGUCCAUGUUUAUGGCGGGAAACUUUGACUCUGUCAUCAUCGGAGGAGGUGAGGGCAACGCGCUGUAUUUCGACUCCGAGCUGAACUACGGCCGGACGGGUCACUGCUCCACUUUCGACAAUCCCCCGCUCUGCUCUGAGAACUUCCAGAUAUCCGUGCUUGAGGUCUGGGGCUUCCAGGACGCCAUGGCAACCUAACAGCCAAUCAGCACCAGCAGGGGGAG